UGCUUUUUUGAAUAAAUUUUAUGCAAUGUAGCACUUAGAUAAUAAUUCACUAAGUAGAACAAGUGUGAUGGUUGGAGAUUUGAAUAUAUACCACAUCGAAUGAUUAAUAGAAAUCGAAGUGAAUUAGUACAAGCCGAUUGGUUUUGUGCAAAAUAGAUUUCAAUCUCGUUAUCUGUCACUUGACUCGGUAUUAUUGGAAUCGAUGGAGUUUCUCUGCGAUAAUGAAAAUUAAUGACAGUUUCAUUAAUUUUACGCUAUAGUUGUACUAAAUUUCUGGAUUAUUUUUUGAUUUGAUAUGUUUUUCGCACGUAGAUCACUAGAUUAUAGGGUAUUACAAAUAAAGCGUGUCAGUGGAAUUGAUUUUACUAAUGCAAUAUGCUGAAAAUUGUUAAACAGGAAUUCAAGACUCGGCAACUUUCAUGUUGUGCCAGGUGAAGGAAAAAUACUAUUUCACUUAGGGAGUUAUAAGACCUCGGUAUUCGAAGGCUAUUUGAAAAUGGCAUCCGGUAGUAAUUUUGUAGCGGCAGGUGGCAACGUGCCGAAAGCUUUUACAUCACGUGAAAGGAGAUCGAGGGCCAAAAAGAGUGCAGUUUCUAAAUCUAAGAGGUCUUUCACUAGAAAAGUUAACGCUUCAAAGUGUACCUUAGAGAAGUGCAAUUUGAGUGAUUUUGAUUGGACUGGUAAAAUUUCAGGAUGUCCUGUGUUCUAUCCAUCGACUGAGGAGUUCGAGGACCCUUUAAAUUAUGUUCGGGAAAUUUCUGCGGAAGCUUCAAAGUAUGGAAUCUGCAAAAUUGUGUCCCCCGUAAAGGCUUCUGUUCCGGCUUCUAAGGUGCUAAGAGACUUGAAAUUUUCAACUUAUGUUCAGCCACUUCGGCUUCCUGAGUGGGAUGUAGAUGACAAGGUUUCUUUCCUAGUAAAAGAAAAAGUAUAUACCUUAAAUUCUUUUAAGAGAAUGGCAGAUGAAGCAUUUCUCCGAAGAUUUCCUUGUCCGAAAGAUGUUGCGCUGGAACGCUUGGAGAAAGCGUUCUGGCUUGAAAUGUCCAUUGGACAGGAAAAAGUGGAGUAUGCAAUUAAUGUUGAUGGAAGUGCCUUUUCUACUGAUCCUGAUGAUCCAUUAGGAUCAAGCAAAUGGAACUUAAAGACUCUGCCGGAGCUGCCCGAAUCUGUAUUACAUCUGGUUGGACAUGAAAUUCCGGGAAUCACAUAUCCUAUGCUUUACAUCGGGAUGCUAUACAGUAUGUUUGCGUGGCAUGUAGAAGAUCAUUAUUUAUAUAGCAUGAAUUAUCAUCACACAGGCGCUCCGAAAACCUGGUACGGUGUUCCUGGUCAUGCAGCUCUACAGUUUGAAAAAGUAGCACUAGACCAUGUGUACGGUUAUGGAAUUUUAUCAACCGAUGAUGAGGAUGGAGCUUUCAAAGAAAUUGCAGAAAAGACUACGAUGUUCCCACCAAGUAUCUUGCUAGAGCACGGAGUUCCAGUUUACAAAGCUGUGCAGAUGCCGGGAGAGUUUGUCAUCACCUUCCCAAGAGCAUACCAUUCUGGGUUUAGUAACGGUUUUAAUUGUGGAGAGGCAGUAAAUUUUGCAAUUGGCAAUUGGUUUUCAUUUGGGGCAUUGGCUAGCAAGCGAUAUGCUCGUAUUGGCAUCAUGGCUAUCCUUCCGAGCGAGGAAAUUCUCUGUAAACAAAUGUUUCUCCUUUUGAAACAAGAAGAUUUGGAUCCGACAUCAGCAGAAUUGGUGUCAAAUACUUCCAUAAAGACAUCAUUUCUGCGACACAUGCGGUUUUUUAAUAAUGCAUUUUGGAAGCUGAUGAAUAAUGUGAAAAACAUAAGAGAAUCGUCAAUGCUGUUACCAACUUCUCAUGGAACCACUAUUUGUCGCACGUGUAAACGUGAUUGUUACUUGGUUUUCCUUGAGUGCAAUCGGUGCUAUAAUCUUCUCUGCCAUUAUCACUAUAUCGAUUCACUUGAUUGUCCAUGUGGUGGCAAACUUCUCCUCUUUAUAAGGGAGAAUAUAUGGCAUGUGGAGGAGUUAGUCCAGAGAUUAGAAAAUGUUUAUGGCGACACCAUUGCCUCGCAGCCAAACGGAACGAUCAAUUGCAUUAAUAGCAAAAAUGCUAUUAUCAGCAAGAAUGUGGACCUUCAAUGGCAAGGAGGAGGAGGUAGAAGAAAGGAAGCCAAGAGUGAUAUUGACAGGGUACAAACUGUUAGCAAAAGAUACUUGGACUCAAGAGGAUUAUUACCUUUGUUUAAUUUCUGCAAAAGGGCCCGAACAAAGUGCAAAUUGCAGAAUACUCCUCCAGGAGAAGAACUCAGCAAGUCUGCUUCAUCUCUGAAGUCCAUUCAAAUGCUUGACAGUUAGUUUAGUUUUGCUUUUGAGUAAUUGUAAUAACAAAGGAAGGCAUAUUUAAGUCUUAAUUUUUGAUAUUUACUUAGAGAAAAUUUUAAAUAUAGGUUUUAGAUUUAGCAUACAGCAAUGUUUUUAAUAUUGAAUUCAUCAAUCAUUCUUUCGGAGUGUACAAUGCUUAUCCUAUUGUAAUCAAUUUUAGUUCGAAUAAAGGGGUCAUCUUGUCCUUCAA